CAGCCCGGGCGCAGCUUCCGGGCCCGGCAUGGCGGACGGGGCGGACCUCAUUGAUAUUUACGCCGAGGAGGAGUUCAUCCAGGAACCUGAGUUUUCUGCAGAGCAAGUUGACCUAUAUGACGAUGUCUUGGCGGUGGCCUCUCUUGGAUCAUCUCACUUAGAUGGGAAGAACAAUGUUUCAGAGCAAACCUCCCCUAUACAGGCUUCUUUGGCCAAAUCAAACAACAAGUCACCCGCCAUUUUGUACACAUACAACAAUGUGCGCAAGAAGGCAUCUGUAUAUAUUGGAAACUUUUCAUGGUGGACCACAGAUCAGCAGCUCAUCGCUGCCAUCCGCUCCCUUGGUAUCCGUGACCCUAUUGAAGUGAAAUUUGCAGAGAACCGUGCAAAUGGCCAGUCCAAAGGGUAUGCAGAAGUGGUGGUUUCUUCAGAAACAUCUGCAAUCCAGAUUUUGGAACAGUUGCCUCUCAAAAAGAUAAAUGGGGAGAAGCCUGAUGUUCGGCCGGCAAACCGCCAGAGCCUUUCCUUCUUUGAAGAUUUGGCACGAAAGAAAAUUCCUCCCAGAGCUAAUUCGAAGGGAUCUGUGGACUCGGCAGAUUGUUCUUCAAACUUCAAUGACUCUGCUGCUUCAUCGCCACUUUCAGAGACUCCUAAAAACAUAGUGCCGUACUUUGCACGGCCUCCUUUCAUGGAAAACCCUUCCCGCAUCCCUGUCAUGACCCUACCGAGGCCUCCAUUAUCCCUUCCUCCUCCUCCUUCACCCUCACUGCCUCCUACAUACCGUGUCCCCCCAAUUCCUCCUCUGCAUUAUCCUCACCUCAUGCCUCCUCCUCCAAGGCUCCCACCUCAUUUAAGUAUGCCUCCCCCAACUGGUGUGCCUCCUGCUCUUCAUCUAAACCCAGCAUUCUUCCCACCUCCGAGUUCUGUGCUAGGACCCCCACCUGAUCCCUUCAAGGUGAUUUCUAACCCCUACGGACAGGGAAGGGACAUGAAGCACCAUCAGCCCCUAGUCAGUGAGCUGGAGUUCGAGGAGUUAAUGAACAGAAAUAGGGCGAUUUCUAGGAGUGCGCUUUCCAAUGCUGUGUGUACGGCAUCAUUGUCUGGGGACUUCUCAAGUGCCAUGAAAACAUUAGAAACAGCAAUAGCUGUUAUCAAGGAGUCUCGUGUAGCCAAUGAUGACAGAUGUCGUGUUCUACUGACUUCUCUCCGAGAUUGUCUGCAUGGGAUACAAGACAAGGCUAACUCUUCCAGCAGAAAGCGUCACCGUUCCAGAGACAGAUCACCCAGCCGAUCACGGGAAGGCAGCAGCCGACGUCACAGAGAUCCACACGAAGACAGAUCGGAUGAAUAUUAUCAUGACCGCCAUCGUGAUAAGGAUAGACACCGCUAGUGGAGGUCUUCAGAGUACUACACAGAUGCUUUUUUUUCAGUUUUAAAUAAGAGACUCACAUUUUGUUGUUGUGACAUAGAGGUGAUGCCUGGCCCUCCAGCUACAACAGAGACUUCUGUUACUGCAGCCCCUAAUGGAUUUAUUCCAUUUCAUGCAGGGACCAACCUCUCUCCUGUGUAAAGCACAGCUCUCUCUUCCUGUUCCCAACCAACAGUCUCGCCUGGACACUAAUGCGUCACCUUGUACACAGCGCUGGCCCACUCUAAUGGAUUCUUUUCUUCGCUAUUGUUGAAAUUCUCUUGUUUUCCUACCAUAAGUAGUGUCUGAUUAUUUGCAGUCUUCCCCCCGUGUUUUAGCUUUGCCUUGUUGCUUUUUGACACGUCAAGAGAUUCUCUUUAUUAGGUGACGUUAACAUCUCUACAGUGAUGUACCUAACCUUUUAUGUCUGUCCUGUAAAUGCUCUGUGUGCCUGGCCUCUUUCCUUGAGCCGUUCAGACCGUUGUGAAGUGUGCAGGCAAGGCUGCCCGUUGUGUUGUGGGUGAGGAUGCUUAAUGUGUUGAAGCAGAAUUCAUCUCCCUGUGAUAACCAUUCACCAGCCCCAUGAUAUGAGUUUUAUAUGGAGGGGACUGCAUUUACCAGGUUUGCUAUGGACUGCAGAUAGGAGAGGUGGCUUCAGUAGUCAAUCUAAAAGUAAAUAUUUUCCCUUAUAUUUGAAAACAUCCGACAUUUUUAGUUGCGCAUAUUCCGAGGGGUGUAAAAUCAACUCAAUGGACGGCAUCUGCAGGGAAUUCACCCUUCCCAUUGACAUUCGUUUACUCCUCCUAGAAACUGCAAAUAAAACUUGAUAAAGGUGUCACUCUUUUAUCCGAG